CCAAAACACCCACAAAACACUUUGUAUUUGGAAUUAAAUGUUAGUCCCCCCUUUUUAUUUAUAAAUAUACUCUUUAAUUUCACUUCAAUCCCUCUUUCUGUGCUUUCUUAAUUUUAAUUAUUCUCUCUCUCUCUCUCUCUCUCUCUCUCUCUCUCUCUCCCCUUCUCUCUCUUCUUCUUUGUACUUGAUUCUAUCAGAGCAAGGGUUUUUGCAUCUGUUCCAUACAUAUAUUCUCUAUCCAGACUAAGAUCACUUCUACAUCAGACAUGUUCAUCACCAUCAACAAUUGAAUCUAAUUCUGUCUUCUCCUAUAACUCCCGUCAGCCUCCUUAAUUCUCUCUCAAUUUCUAGCUAAGUGUGAGAGGAUUGUUAGGUUACAGCUUUGCUUCGUUUGCUUUCUUCAUCUCAAGUUGUGAACUAGUAGAAGUGAACAAGAAAACUAAGAAGCUUAGAGUGAGUCAUCUCUUCGUCUUAAUUCCCUAAAUUUGAUCCAAAAUUGCUAGUCUGGCGAAUCCGUGGUGGAGCGGUCAGCUGGGGCUGCCGGGAAUGGACCCGGCAGCCAAUUCACCAGCAGCGCUAAACAAGCGAGAACUCGAGAUCUCCAUGAACGAAAACAGCGGCGGCAGAAGCAGUGGCGGUGGCAGAGACGACGACGAAGAUAGAGAUCAAGGAGAAGAGCCUAAAGAAGGGGCCAUCGAGAUUGGAUCUCGAAGGCCCCGAGGCCGACCGCCCGGAUCCAAAAACAAACCCAAACCGCCCAUCUUCGUGACCAGGGACAGCCCCAACUCCCUUAGAAGCCACGUGAUGGAAGUUGCCGGCGGUGCUGACGUGGCGGAGAGCGUGGCACAAUUCGCACGGAGGCGUCAGAGAGGUGUUUGCGUGCUCAGCGGGAGUGGCUCAGUGGCCAACGUGACACUGAGACAACCCGCUGCCCCCGGGGCAGUUGUAGCACUCCAUGGAAGGUUCGAGAUCCUCUCCCUGAGCGGAGCGUUUCUGCCAGGACCUGCUCCGCCCGGGUCGACAGGCCUGACCGUCUACCUAGCAGGCGGUCAGGGUCAGGUGGUUGGGGGAAGCGUUGUUGGAUCACUUGUUGCGGCUGGACCAGUUAUGGUUGUGGCUGCUACUUUUGCUAAUGCUACUUAUGAGAGACUGCCUCUUGAGGAAGAUGAUGAGGCUGGAAGCGGUGGUGGUGGUGGAGGUCAUGGAGCUUCUGGAAGCUCCCCUACUGGAGUUGGAAGUAGUGGCGGUCCUCAGUUGCAGCCACCAGGGCACGGCGGACAGCUGCCUGAUCCGUCGUCGCUCCCCCUUUACGGUCUGCCACCCAAUCUGAUCCCCAACGGCGGCCCACUCGGGCAUGACGCUUAUGGUUGGACUCAUUCAAGACCGCCUUACUAAAACAGAGGAUCAGUUCAUCUUCAUGAACGAUCAGUCAAUCCUAGCCUGCAUUUCUUGUAACUGAGAGAUAUGUAAACUAGAAAGAUGUGUAGGGAGAGAUGUGAAUUAAAAGGAGAGCAACUUGGGGGAUGUUCUCGAUGUUAUAUUUGUAAAAGCUUCUUUGGGUUUGCAGCAAUGAAAAGGAUAAUAAUUAAUGUUCUUUAAUUUCCAA